GAAGCAGCAGUGAAGCAUAAAUCAUCCAUCAGAAGUGAUUAAUUAUUAUAAACUGUAGAUCAGGAUGAGUUAUGAUCGAGCUAUCACUGUCUUCUCUCCUGAUGGACACUUGUUCCAGGUGGAAUAUGCUCAGGAGGCGGUGAAGAAAGGAUCAACAGCAGUGGGGGUGAGAGGGAAGAACAUCGUCGUACUCGGGGUGGAGAAGAAAUCCGCCGCCAUGCUUCAGGACGACCGAACUGUGAGGAAGAUCUGCGCUCUGGACGACAACGUCUUCAUGGCUUUCGCUGGCCUGACUGCAGAUGCCAGGAUUAUAGUAAACAGAGCCAGGGUCGAAUGCCAGAGUCACAGGUUGUUGGUGGAGGAUCCGGUGACGGUGGAGUACAUCACCCGCUUCAUCUCCAACAUGAAACAGCGUUACACACAGAGCAACGGGCGUCGACCUUUCGGGAUUUCCUCCCUGAUCAUGGGCUUCGAUUUCGAUGGCACGCCCAGUCUGUACCAGACUGACCCGUCCGGAACGUAUCACGCCUGGAAGGCGAACGUAAUCGGCAGGUCUGCAAAAACGGUUCGGGAAUUCCUGGAGAAGAACUACAAAGAGGAGGACAUGGAGUCGGACGAGCUGGUCCUGAAACUGGCCGUCAGGGCCCUCAUGGAGGUGGUUCAGAGCGGCAGCAAAAACAUCGAACUGGCGACGAUGAAGCGCGGCGAGACCAUGAAGAUUUUAGACCCUGACCAGGUGGCAAAAAUCGUUUCAGAUCUGGAGAAAGAAAAGGAGGAAGCGGAGAGGAAAAAGAAAGCAGCAACAGCGUCAGUCAUGAUCAACACACUCCAGUAACUCCAGUUCAGCCAGUUCCAUUUUAUUAGUACAAAGUUCCCAGUUAAUAACGUACAAAGAAAAUACAAAGGAAAAAAAAACAAAUAUCAAAACAUAAAUGAAUAUUUGGGGAACGUGUGCCUGGGCUGACCUGAGAUUCAUAUUUACAUCCUGCACUUUAAUAUUUACAAUCAAAGCAGAAAUAAAAGUGCUUUCCUUAUUCAUUAUUGAAUUAAAUGAUGACGGAUCGAGUCA